GCAGAUACUGGUUGCAUAUACGCAAUAUAUUACUAAGGGAGAGCUUUGAUUUCGAGAAGAAAGUGCCUAAAAGAUCACCAGUUAUGUACGACUUACCAACUUAUACAGACUUCCUCAUAUAAAGUGGUUGCAUCUGAAUGUAUAACCAUCAAUAGUCCGGCAAUACUUUUCCAGAGUUAUUAUCCCUCCACGCAUGCAUGUUUUAUUCCUCCCUAUCAACACAUUAUCUAGAAAGAAGUCAGAAACCAAAUCUAGGAGACACUUUCAAAGAGGAUUAUGACUAGGAACCAUUUGUGAUGCUGAGCUAUCUGAUUGGUCAAAUCAAGGUCAUUCAACUUUGGUGUCUAUUGUUUACUCUUGCCCAAAAUUCUGCCUUCUGAUUCUUCAAUGUCGACUAGUAAUCCAUUUCCUGUAGAUCUUCAAAUUUCUAAAUUUAAUGGAACUAACCCUGAAAGUUGUUUAAAUCAUGAGACAACACGUUCACUCAACAAGUUACCGUAUUACUUCAAACUGGUUCAAUAUGAAAUACUGACGGAGGUUAUGAUAGACUUAGCCUAUGAAUAUGAACUGAAUUUGUUAACUAGUCGUGAAAGGCAUGCAUAUGAGAUUCUUGCCGCAGUAUGGUCUGAAUGUCAUCUUAUUAAAGGCACGAAAAAAAUUAAUCUCGUCGACUCAGAAAUAUGCAGAGAUAUGGUUGUGAACGACAUUGUACCACUUUUGAAUAGAAACAUAGAAAAGAAGUUAGACGACAGGUUGGCAUUGUUCGCAGAUAACAGUGAUAAUAAUCAAGAUGUGUUGAAGUUUGACAGUUUGCCUUCAAUUGACGAGAUCCAAGAGAAGAAAAGGCAGCUUUCUUUGAAACUCAGAAAAUUGCAAGCGCGUUUUACAGAAGCUGUUUCUAGAAUAUACACCUUAUCCUCUCGCCUAUUUCGAGAGUAUCGCUUUGAAUUAUAUCCAAUAGUAAGCCAUCAAGCCCGUCUCGUUAUAGAUGAACAAAUUCAAGCAUUACUACUAAAAGCUAAAAAUCUACAAUAUACCCUUCAAGAUACCUCUUCUGGGUCAUCAGCAAAAUUGGAUAUUCUACAGAGAACUCACCAAGAAUUAGAAGAUUCACGUCGUAAAUUGAAACAAGAAGUGGAAGAGUUGGCUCGAUUGGAUAAAGCCUACACAAGUAAAGAUGAAGCCUAUCAUGAAUUAGUGAAACAGUAUAUUGCCUGUAAACAACAAUUAUCUUUACGAUCUAAGUUACUACGAGAUACUGAUGCUAUUACUACUACUACUACUAUCUCGAAUAAUUCUACUCGAUCUGGUCACAAAUCAUAUUAUAGUAAUAAACAUUCAUACCGUCGAUCGUUGAGUGCUGAUACAAAUUUGAAUAAUAGAUAAAUUCUAAAUACUAUUUUUGGUGUAUAUAUAUAUAUAUAUAUAUAUA